AUGGAAUUAUUUGAAUUUUUUCAAUUAAUCAAUGAUUUAUUAAUAAUGAAACCUAAUAUUACUUUUCAAGGUUGUAAAGUGGUUUCAAUGGACUUUUUUAUUGACAUUCAACAUCGACUAAGAAUUGCAAAACAAAUGUGUAUUGAUGGAAAACCUCUAAGUUCAAUUCAACAAGUAAUUCAUACUUCAAUACCUCUCAUUCAAUCUUCACAAAUAAAAUCAAUAGGUAAAGUAUAUUCUCCAACAUUAAUUAACUCACAAGUUAUAUUAGACUUUGAUGUUAUUAUUAUUGAUCAAUUAUAUCAAUCUACAUUACAAAAAUUAAAUAAUCAAUUUAACUUUACUUCUCUUCCUGAAGUCUUUAUUAAAAAAAAUAAUAACACAUUAACAAUAAUUAAAGAAUAUCCUAUUGUCACAGUUUUUAUUAAAGGACUUUCAAGUAGUGUUGAAACAAUUCAAGUUACUACUUUUCCAAAUGAAUUAAUGAAAGAUUUUAAAAAAAAAGUAUUAGACUUAAUAAAAAUAAAAAUUGAUGAAUAUCAAUUAACUUGGUCUUCAAAAGAUAAUAAAGUAUUUAUUAAUGAGAAUUCUUUUGUUCCAAAUGAAUUAUAUCUUUCAUUAAUACCAAAAUUUACUUCAUUUUCAACACCUUUUACUUCAACAUCAUUUUCAUUAUCUUUCUUUUAA